ACUGGCAGGGCCCAGUCUGCUUCCCUUGCAACACGGUGGGGGCUACCUCUGAUGUGGCCUCAACGCUGAUCCGUCCGAGAGCCACGUGACACUCGACGUAUGCGUUGGAGUGAUGGGCGCGAGAGAAGCGGCGAUGGGAUCUGCUGAAGGGUUGGGAAUGCGGAUGGCGAUCGGGCAGGAAAUGGAGCUGCAGGACAUCCCUCCUGCCGUGCAGUGUCGUACGGAGCAAACUGUGGAGGCUGAUGCGCUAUUGAAGGAGGUGGAUACAGUGAUCGCGGCAAUAUCUUUGUACAAACAGCAGCUGGAGGAAGUGUGGGCGCUGCUGAAUCAACAGCAGAACAAUAUACCGCUCAAAUUCUUGAAGGAAGGAGAGGAGACUUUUGAGGGAUGGAAGAAAGAACUAUACGAUAUUGUCUCCCUUCAACGGCUGGAUGAGACCGGUAGAGCACAGGUGGAGGCUGACCUACACCAGUGUGCCAGACUGCUCCAAGACGUGAGACGAAUGUUUGCCGAGCUUCGUGCAGCAGCGGAGAGGAGCUGUUCAUCUGGCGAGCAGGCUCCUGCUGCCGAGCCUAUACUGGUCUCUCCUGUGCAGGAACAAGGCGGUGAUGCUGGGUUGUAUCUGGAUAGCUAUCGUCCCAAGAAAGCUGGUGGGGAUGGCGACGGUUCGAGGGUCGACUAUCUGGAGCAACUUCAAGAUAACCAGGACAACAUACAAGAUGAUUUUGGCUGUGGGAGAACGGGAGUGCAGCCGGAGGGGGAAAUAGUCUCUCAACGUGCGCUGGAGCGAGAAGGAAGAGGAGCAGCAACCUCCUUUCUCCCUGCUCAAAAUACAGUCAUCAACGACCAUGACGACAUUAACUGGCUUCAAAACUUAAAAGUACAACAUGUGGGGGUGAGAUGACAACUUGUCAUCUGCACGAAUCUGCUCGACCGAGGCUUGGUGCAGGGAUGAGUAGCAAAAAUAAGGUUGAGGUCCAACCGC